AUGCAGAUAGCCGAGGGGAAUUGCAAUUACGUACCUGUGAAAAGCCCUAGCCCUAGCCCCCCUUAUGAUUUCAGGAGAUGCAAAGAGAGUUCAACGAAUCUACUAGAUUCUCUGCCAGACGAAUUGUUGUUCAACAUUCUCGUACAUCUCCCAGCCGAAGAUAUUUACGAUCACGCCAUGCUCGUUUGCCGCAAGUGGUACCGUAUGAUCCGUACCCGUUACUUUGUACACGAACACCUUCAGCACUCGACUCCGGGGCUCCUCCUACACAAUUCUCGUAAUAAAACUACUAGCUUCGCGGCGAUGAGACGAGGCCGGAUUGAGUUAUCCGAGUGCAGUUACACGAUCAGAGCAUACGAAGGAUGGGAUAGCUGUAACGGUUUGAUCCUCGAGUAUUAUUCAUUCGAAGGGACUCUUGGUUUUCAUAUUAUAAAUCCCGCAACAAGGAAAAUAUUUGAAAUCCCUCGAUUUUCUCCCCAAGGAACGACGAUCGACCACCGCUGGGGUAUAGCGUAUUCGGCUGCUUCCGGUGAGUAUAAAGUGGCUCGCACUUAUGCAAAUAAAGUUGACGACGAGGACGACGACGACGACGAUUUGCAGUACGUUGUCGAUAUAGUGACGGUUGGAGUUGACGAGUCUUGGAGGUGCGUUUGUACGCAACACUUGUCUCCCGAGUCGAAGGUUCUCCUCGGCAAAGACUCGGUUACCACCGAAGGUUUUAUCCAUUACAUGAAUAGUUUCGACGACAAUCGUGUCCUGACUUUGAAUGUAGAGACUGAAACUAUUACGGAAUAUGCCAUCCCUCAGGGUCUCGAUUAUAAAUUUAGAUGUUGUUUGUCGACGGGAAAAUCUUUAUCUAUGUUAGGUAAAUGCGGUGAGGAAAAUUAUUGGGAGGUUUGGGAAAUGAAAUCGGAAACCGGAGAGUGGACCGAGAUGUACAGCAUUGACUUGGAAGCUCACAAGUGCAAAUUGGAAGAAUUGUACGGUAAAAAGGACAAGGGCUCCGGUAUUAUCGUACCGAUGGGUUGGUUGAAAUACCAUGAGGUGGUGAUCUUGCGUUUUCUACAUUCGGCUCGGUUUCACAUUGCUUACAAUGUUCGUACGCAUGAAAUCAACUCGUUGGAGUUGGCUUGUGAUUCUUUUAAUCCUGCUUUUAAAGUCCAUACAAAUAGCUUGGUAGGGUUGGUUUGA